AUGCAGUUUCUGGACGAUGAGGCUCGACGAUCAUGGGACGCCGCGUCGGUGGGAAUGGCCAGCGUUACGGGAACAGAGCGUCGUCACGGUGACGGCGAUGACGAGUCGCGGCUGAUGCUCAAGCUGCUGAUGCACCAGCAGUCCAUGCUGCAGCAGCUGCUUGAGGCGCGGAGGUCGGCGGGGGAAGGACAGCGUGACGUUGCGCCAUGGGUCCCCCCGCAGACCACCCCUGACAACGAGAUCACCUCCGUGGCGAGAGGAGCAGAGGAUGGCGGUGAGAAGCAGGAUAUGAAUCAGCAUGAGUGCUACAAUCAGCAGCAGCAGGAGGAGGGGGGGGAGCCAGGAGGGAACGCGAUGGCGGAAGCACGGUCUGCGGUGGGGAUGCCGGAACUGGAUACGAGUGAGCUGACGAGGCAGCUGGCGCUGCUCCACGUGGCGGACCCCCUCACCCACCUAGAGGGACUCGCUGCCUCUACCCCUACCUCUGCUACAACCUCUGCUACAACCUCUGCCUCGGCUUCUGCUUCUCCGAAUGUUGCUGCUGGUGCCGGUGCUGGUGCUGGUGCGAAAGACGGAUCGUGGAACUCGCCUCGAUCUGGCAAUAACAGUCCGCAUUAUCACUCCGGCGAGUCUCUGAUUUCCUCUUUCCAUCCCCCCUUGUCGUCCCAGCUUCCGUCACGUGUUUAG